AUGUUUAAAUGUCAUCUGAUGUUUUACGUUGUCAGUGGACUGGCCUGCUGUCAGGAAAAUGCUUGGACAAAACCAACGACAUCAGUAAUAUAUAUAAACAACACCGGAACACAUAUCAGCGACACCGGAACACAUAGCAACAACACCGGAACACAUAUCAACUGUACCGGAACACAUAUCAACUGUACCGGAACACAUAUCAACUGUACCGGAACACAUAUCAACUAUACCGGAACACAUAUCAACUAUACCGGAACACAUAUCAACGACACCGGAACACAUAUCAACGACACCGGAACACAUAUCAACGACACCGGAACACAUAUAAACAACACCGAAACACAUAUCAACGACACCGGAACACAUAUCAACUAUACCGGAACACAUAUCAACGACACCGGAACACACAUCAACGACACCGGAACACAUAUAAACAACACCGAAACACAUAUCAACGACACCGGAACACAUAUCAACGACACCGGAACACACAUCAACGACACCGGAACACAUAUAAACAACACCGAAACACAUAUCAACGACACCGGAACACCUAUCAACUAUACCGGAACACAUAUCUACGACACCGGAACACAUAUAAACAACACCGGAACACAUAUCAACGACACCGGAACACAUAUCAACGACACCGGAAAACACAUCAACGACACUGGAACACAUAUCAACUGUACCGGAACACAUAUCAACUAUACCGGAACACAUAUAAACGACUCCGGAACACAUAUAAACAACACCGGAACACAUAUAAACAACACCGGAACAUAUAUCAACUGUACCGGAACACAUAUCAACGACACCGGAACACAUAUCAACUGUACCGGAACACAUAUCAACUAUACCGGAACACAUAUCAACUGUACCGGAACACAUAUCAACUGUACCGAAACACAUAUCAACUGUACCGGAACACAUAUCAACUGUACCGAAACACAUAUCAACUACACCGGAACACAUAUCAACUAUACCGGAACACAUAUCAACGACAUCGGAACACAUACCAACUAUACCGGAACACAUAUCAACUAUACCGGAACACAUAUCAACUGUACCGAAACACAUAUCAACUGUACCGGAACACAUAUCAACUGUACCGAAACACAUAUCAACUACACCGGAACACAUAUCAACUGUACCGGAACACAUCAACUCUGCACACGACCAGAACUGAUCAAUACCCAUAACCAGACACCAUUAUAUGUUUCUGUGGACGAGGAUUGUAUAUUUGUGCUCGUAAUAGUGACGAUCUUGACGAGUAGGGUGAAAGUACGGAAACAAAAGGACAAUGCUGAUGUGUACAUGCGUAAAAACAAAAACAAGUAA